UAUUUUUUUAAUAAUUGAUUAUGUGCAUCUCUAAGGGAAGGCACAGAAGGUGGUAGAAUCUCCGCUCUGCAAAUAAUUUUGUAAAAUCUCAGGGUUAUAUCGUUGCGUGAGACAUUGACGAUGGAUCUUGAGAGCAAGAAGUUUGGAAAAGGUCCAAAGGAACUUACGGGAGCCGUCAAUCUUGUACAAUACUACAAAUUGUUUCCUCACUAUGAGUUCUUUUGCAAGAAGUCAACUUCUUUAUCAGUUUUAGAUGCACAUUACCUUCAUAAUGUUGUCGGAGACAAAGAAAUUCGUAAAGGCGAAGGGAUGCAGUUAAAUCAGCUCAUUAAUGAUAAUAAGUCCAUUUCACAAGAGGCAAUACAUCCGUUUGAUCUUAAUGCUCUCGGGGACGCCUUUCACUUGAGGGAAACAGCUCCCAUUGAGCUUCCAGACUCACAGAAGGGAGUUCCUACACAAGCUGGAAGAUCAAAAAGCGAAUUAAACGGCAAGGAAAAGAAGCAUAAAAAGCACAAAGACAAAGAACAUAAAAAACACAAACAUCAUCAUCAUCAUAAGGAUAAGAAAAACGAGAAUGAUAAAAUAAAUCCUCGUGACUCUGGUGCUGAGCAUUUGAAGAAACCCCAUGAGAAGAAAAGGAAGGUUGAUGGAGAUGAGGACCUCAGUGGCAUUCACAGGCACCAGAAUACUAAGUAUAAGAGAUCAAAGAUGGAUGAAUUUGGUGUGAUAAGGAUAGCAGCUUGAAAGUGUAUCCUUAUCUAUUAUUGAGGUGAGAGCCAGCAACCGUGGAUUAUCUAGAAGGUGAACCCACCUGUUUGUUCAAGGUACAAAUUGAUUAAAGAAAACAAGUUCUCCGUAUCAUAGAUUUGCUUUGCGUCUUUCAUGCAUUCCCAGGUGUUUGAAACCUACCGAAUUUUUUGGUUUAGCUACACAUGGGAUAUAUGCAUUUGUUAUCCUAAUCAUCAAUUUUGUAUGCAUUAUGAAAGGGUCUUUGAAUAUGUAGUUUUACAAUUUUGUACAUACAACUGGUGAUCAGAUAAGAAGGUCAAUUUAGUCCGGGUUGUUUUGUCAUUUGUCUUUUGUAUUUACGAUUCAUGUUAACCUAAAAAAGAUUGUAUCUAAUACUUGCUAUA